UUGAAAAAUAAUCCCUACUAGCAACGUUGCCCUGUUCUUACAUUCAACUGAUGCCGUACGGUUUUUAACGAUGAUAUUUAUUUAAUUUUUAGCGAAAGAUUAUAUAUAAACACUAAUGCGCAGUGUGUAUGGCAGCUUGUAAAUCAAAAUGCACCGGAUGUGAGACUUGAUGCCAGAUAUUUUCGGCCAGAUCUGUAUCUGCCCUUGGCAAGUACGUUACCUACGUUAACGUAAUGACUUUCUUUUGUACUCUUUAGAAUACUAAUUGUUGUUUUGAGUCCACACCUAUGCCAACGGUGUCAACAUACCUAACCAAACUCGUCAGCGGUGCACGAGCCCUAAACAAACCCGUCCAUAGAUGUAUGAGUGGAGUAUGUGUUCAGGCACACCGUGAGCAGUCAGCAGGAAGCAUGUGGGUCUUUGGUUACGGAUCUUUGAUUUGGAAAGUUGACUUUCCGUUCGAGGAGAAACGAGUGGGUUUCGUCAAAGGUUUCAGUCGCAGAUUCUGGCAGGGAAGUACGGAUCAUCGCGGUAUGCCUGGAAAGCCUGGGCGAGUGGUGACAUUAAUAGAGGACCCUGAGGGCUGUGUCUGGGGCGUUGCUUAUAAAUUGCCGUCAGGAAGAGAAAAAGAAGUGAAGGAGUAUCUGGACUACAGAGAGAAAGGCGGCUAUGGGGUGAUCACAGUUACAUUUCAUCCCAAAGAUGAAGAACACCAACCGAUGCAGGACACGUUGCUCUACAUCGGGUCCUGUGACAACCCAAAUUACCUUGGCCCAGCACCUUUGGAGACAAUUGCUCAGCAGAUUGUGAAGUCUGUAGGCCCCAGUGGCAAGAAUACAGAUUACCUGUUUGAGCUGGCCGAAGCCCUCAGGCAGCUAAUACCUGAAGACUUAGACGAUCACCUGUUCUCCUUGGAGCGCCUUGUGAAGGAGAUGCAGAAGCAGGAGAUGGAGUGAUCUGCUAUCAUCUGCUUUGUCCUUAAUCUUCUGAAACACUCAGGAACUGAGUCCAUUUUUUGUUCCUCAUUUAUAGAUAUGAUAUCCAAUACAUGCUCUACUGAAUCUGCACUUGAUUUUAAGAUGUGACAUUUAACAUCAUUUGUCUCGCUUUGAAACGUGAGAUAUGAAUCAAGAACUUAAAGGAAUAUCAGUAUAUUGCACUUAAUGUACGUUUUUACGUCCAUGAAAAAUGUAAUUGAAUGGAUAAUUUAUUUUUCAGAGGCUGGUUCAUUUUACUCUGGAUACUUGAAUAUGUUACAAAGCCAUUUCCAAUGUAUUUUUAAAGUUCCUUGCCAUCCUAAUCUUCAAAUAAGCCACAGUAAAGUGAAUCUCAUGAACAUAAACAUGUUAAACAAAUUAAACAUGUUCUUCAAAGCUUUUUCUGAUUGUUAAACAUUUAAUGACAAUUAACAGUUUCACUUCCAACCAAAUUCACACUAACAUUGUACUUAAUAAAAUACUAUAUUGUACUUUAA